GGACUCAUAAGGACAGAGGAGAAAUAAGGGUGCACGAGAAUUUGGAGGAACUUAGCAUUGGCUUGGUAGAUUAUAUAGCUGAGAUAUCAGAAGCAUCGAUUCUAGAACAUGGUGCUUUCUGCAUUGUUUUAUCAGGAGGCUCUCUCAUUAGCUUGAUGGGGUAACUACAAGUUUUACUAAAAUGUUUUUAAGCUUUGUUAGGAUCCCAUUUUCAGUCUCCUUCAUCGCUUUCCUAAUGGGUUUAUUCAACAGAAAAUUGAUCGAGCCGCCUUACAACAAGAUUGUAGAUUGGGCUAAAUGGUAUGUCUUUUGGGCGGAAGAGCGUGCGGUAGCUAAGACCCAUGAUGAUAGCAAUUACAAGCUCGCCAAGGAUAAUCUCCUCUCUAAGGUCAGAUGUGUUUAGAUUGGGUUUUUGAUAGCUCAAUGGAUAGAAGAAUCUUGACGGCGCUAUCUGGUUUUCUUGAAUGUCGAUUUUUUUGCUAAUAGUAUUUGCUUGUUUUAGAAGAAAACAAGUUGAGGAUGGAGAAACUAAUCCAAUCAGUCUUCGUCAACGCAGCUUUGUGUGUUGUUUGUCUUGUAAUAAUGUUGACUCUUGUUCUGAAAGUGGCUCUACUUUUUCAGGUUAAUGUGUUUCCGAGGCAUAUAUGUUCCAUUAACGACAGAAUAUCAGUCGACAAAGCUGCGACAGAGUGGUUCACCAUCAGACAGAUGGUGAGAAAACGAACUGUGACUCCGUCUGAGAACAGUGACUGUCCCAGGUUUGAUCUGAUCUUACUAGGGAUGGGCUCGGAUGGGCAAGUAGCCUCGCUCUUCCCGAACCACCGAGCACUCGAGGUGAAAGACGAUUGGGUUACAUACCUAACCAACUCACCUAAACCGCCGCCAGAGAGAAUCACAUUUACUUUGCCGGUCAUUAACUCAGUUACUUUGCCGGUCAUUAACUCAGCUGCUAACGUGGCUAUAGUGGCAACCGGCGCAUCCAAAGCCAAUGCUAUCCACUUGGCAAUCGAUGACUUGCCAUUACAAGACGGCUCUUUGUCUCUGCCUGCACGUCUGGUCCAGCCGAGCAACGGGAAUCUGGUGUGGUUUAUGGAUAAACCAGCAGGGUCCAAACUUGAUGGGUUUAAAAUUUCUGAGUAAAAUUUAGAUUAAUCUACUUUGUUUCAGAAGCAAAUGGUUCUUUACAUCAGUAAUGACCCUUUCUGUAUGAAGAGCAUUCGGUUUAGAAACAUGGAAUAUCUUUUUUUUUUAAUAACUAUUCUAUUCAUGCAA